AUGCCGUCACCCACCACCUCGCGUCCCUCGUCCCCAACGCCAUCACAACUUCCGCCCGUCCCCAGUUCGCCCGUCUACUCCAUCGCAUCCACGGCCAACCCUCUCUCCAACUUCAACCUCCCCCUCCCGCCAGCACCGCGGCCCGUCCACGCCGUCCUCACAAAGCCCGACCUCGAAUCCUCCCAACAAGCAUACUCCGACCUCCUGGCCUCAGCUAAAUCCUACCGCCUCGCCCUCGCGACCCUCUCCACCGCAGCAUCCUCGUUCGGAUCCGCCCUCGAAUCAUGCGCCCGCCUGAAAGAAGCCCGUGCCGAACCCAUCGGUCCGCAAGCCGGCGGCGCAAGCAUGACCGCCAGCUUCACCACCAAGGGCGCUUGUACCGCCGACACCCUCAUGUCUGCCUCUGGCGUACACCACCUCGUUGCGAACCAUCACCAGAUCCUGUCCGAGACGGUGUACCGCUCGUUCGAAGUGCCCCUGCUGCAUGACCUGGAUAAAUGGCAGACAGUAAUAGACGACGAGGAGGAAACAUACCUACAGAAAAUCAAGGCGCAGAGCAAAGAAGUCAAACGCCUGGAAAAAGAAGGCCUCAAACUACAUAAACAACGACGCAGGGACGUGGCUCGUUUCAGAGCCCACCUCGUCGAAUUAACAAGAAAGCUAGACGGCUUAACGACCCUCCACGCCGACCACUCAAGAACACUACUUCGUGAAAGUCAAGAAACGAGCGGGCGCAUCGUCGACGCAAGCUGCAGCCUCGUUCGCGCAGAGGUCGACAUAUUUGAGAGUCUGGCGCGCAAGGGCUGGACAGGCGGGGGACUAGACGACCUACUGGAGAAGGGAACCGAUUUAUUUGCUACGGAAGACGCAGGCGGACAUGCUACAUCUUCUGGAGGCGGCGCAGACGCAGCAAAGCUGUUUUCAAUAUUACCACCGAAGAGUAUCCUUGCCGACUCGGCAUCGGAGGUAGCCAGACCGGGACACGCUAGAGGCGACAGUCUGCUCAUGGACUCUGAUCGGUACCAGUCCCUCGCGGCGUUGGCAACGGAACCGAAGCAGAAUGGCGCGGGGGCAGGGGCCGCAGACACAGAUAGUGUGUUUUCAGCUGAUUUUAACAAGCCGCGCGGUGCGAGGCCGUUUUCACCACAACCUAUACGCAGGAUCCCCGCAGACGUGACGUUUGAGUCUCUUGGUGCGAUGGGCGAGUCGUCCAAGGGUGGUGAGGAGGACCAGCAAGAGGAGGAGGGGGAGGAUGAGGAUGGCGAAGAGGAGAGAGGACGGAGGAGGUCGACUUCGGAUUUGAGAGAUAGGGAGAGGGAGGGUGAGAGUUCGGCGGAUGCGUGGGGGAAUUCAUGA